UAAGUGGUAGUUUUAUUUAUCUUAUCUCGAUCUCAAAUUAAGCUAAUAUUUUUUAUCAGCUUAUCUUGCACGUUGAUCGGAAUAUUGAAUUACUUGUGAAUGAAUGAGUUUCACGGAUCAUGGAAUUGGAUUUUUACGGUGCGAAAACGUGUUUACCUUAAAUGUGUGCAUUUGUGAUGCAAUUGACCUGAACGCCAUCACCAGUUGCUCAGUCCCUAAUGGAACAAAUAAGAACACUUCUAAAACUUCCUUUUGCUAUCGAAUUCUUACGAUAACUAUUCUAGCAUGGAGGGCAUGGAUUAUCGUAAGUAAACAUAUCGUACGAGAACGUACGAAUCAGGUACCCACAUAAAAUAAAAAAUAAAUGAAUACAGCGCCAUACUUCCCUCCGAGUCGAUCGAGUCAACUUGCCUGCACUGGCUGGAAAGCGUCCUCUAUCCAGGAAAUUUUUAUUUGAACACGAUAAGAUAUCGAUAAUACCUAAAUUGAUAUGUGCGAGGUUGGAUUUUAAUUGUGAACAGUAGUAGUCGGUGCGCUCGGUGUUGACACGCUGAUAACUUGGUUUGUUUACGAUCGGGUAUUACUGCGGCGCUAGUGGCGGAGGCGGGUGACAUCUAGCAUAUUCUGUGUUCGGCUGCAGCAGCACGCGGAGGUCCAGUGUGGCCCUUCAAUAUGGACAGAGAGUGCGACGAGGCUGACGACAAUACGCCACUGUGUGAAGUUAACCGUGAACGGACUUCUAGUGACUCGAAUUUGAACAGUGCCGCCCGCGGAACAGGUUCUCACGAGACGAUAGUGUUUGAUAGCAAGAUGAUGAAGACCUCCACGCACACGGAAGACCUAGCAGCGACGUGGGGCGGGCGCAGGUCCCUGCAGGACUCCGGGAGACUGCGGCGCGUGCACUCCUGGUCCGGAGGGCCGCCCGAUGACAUCAGCUCAGAAAUCAUUAUAUUAAGGGAAAGGUUGGUGCGAACUCAAACGCGCCUACAGCCGGGCGCAGUGCGUAACCUGUCCAGCCGUCAGCGUCUGACGCUGGCCUCCCUAGCGCUGGUGGACUUCAUGAGUUUCUGCUCCAUGAGCGUGAUGGCGCCCUUCUUCCCACGAGAGGCGGCGGCCAAGGGCCUGUCGGAGACCAUGUGUGGCAUCGUGUUCAGUUUCUACGCCGUCGUCAUGUUCCUCACAUCACCCUUAUUUGGAAAGUUUUUGCCGAUGGUUGGCGCAAAAUUCCUUUUCACGGCCGGCAUGUUCAUCGCCGGCGCUUGCAAUGUUUUAUUUGGUACACUAGCGUUAAUAGAAGACACGGUGACUUUUACUACACUAUGCUUCGUGGUAAGAGGGAUGGAGGCUCUCGGGGCGAGCGCAUACUCCACGGCCAGCUAUGUGUUCGUGGUGAACACGUUUCCUGACAGCAUAGGCUCAGUUCUCGGCAUCCUGGAGACGUUCAUCGGCCUCGGCAUGUCUGUGGGGCCAGCAAUCGGUGGACUGUUGUACACGAUCGGGGGCUUCGGGCUACCUUUUUACACUCUUGGCGUUAUCAUGGUGUUGACUGUGCCCAUCAACUUCUUCCUGCUCACUGAUUGCGAAGAAUACGUGUCAGGUUCAAAAACGGCGUCCAUCAUUGGGUUAUUCAAGAUCCCCUCGAUCAUAAUAACCGGUUUAGUGAUAGUGAUCGUGUCGAACACAUGGGCCUUCCUCGACCCGACGCUGGAGCCCCAUCUGCGGCAGUUUGGCCUCUCGACGGAACAGAUCGGGCUGAUAUUCCUCUUGUUCUCCAGCCUUUAUGGUAUAUUUAGCCCGAUAUGGGGAUGGGUUGCAGAUCGGGUGCACAACCACUGGUGUAUGAUGGUAUGGGGUCUGUUCCUAUCUAGUGCUGGAUUACUACUGCUAGGACCCUGCCCUUUCAUCCCUGGUCUCCCGAGAGAUCUGUGGCUGGAUCUCGUAGCGUUGUCAAUUCUGGGCAUGUCCGUGGCAUUGACGCUUUUGCCCACCUUCCAAGGAGUCCUCACUAGUUCAAUCUACGAAGGCGGUUGUCCCGAAGCCCUAGCGACAUACAGCGCGGUGGCAGGCGUGUGGUCGUGUUGCUACUCGCUGGGCGAAGUCCUAGGCCCCGCGCUCGGCGGAGCCCUCACUGAGCGAUACGGGUUCCCGCUGUGUGCUACCCUAUGUGCUGCGGCUUGUUUUACUAUGGCAGUGGUAACGCUAACAUUCUUCUCCCUGCGCGAGUCUCGCAAGUGCCAGUCAGUGGGCAGCGCGUGCGACUCCAUCCCGUACACGGACUCGACGUGGAACAGCAACAACUUCUGCCGCACGCGCAGCGCGCCGCACGCGCUCGCCGAGCACGAGCCGCUGCUCACGCCUUGCUCCUGCUAUAAUAACCAUAGUUUCACAUACGGUGCAUCUCCACCCAAACACUUCUGUCUGCUGCACAGCAAGGGCAACAAGAGCGGGUACGCGAGCAUCGCCGAAAUAGCCGCCUACAUACUCAAGUUUCAGUUCGUUACCAGCUUCUAUGUCAAAAUCAGGAAAUCCAGGAGAAAAUCCGUCGCAGCACCAGUAAACGCCCCAAUGCUGAAUGAAGAACUGUAUCAAAAUUAUAUAGAGAAGGAAAGGGAUGAGUCUAAUAUAAAGCAACGCAGGAACUCCAACGGGUACAUCAACAUGACGAAGAAAAGCGAUAAGUACUGCACGUAUCUCGAAGAUGCCAUCUUUGGAAGCCCUGACAUCAUGGACAAUGUUACCGCCGAACACUUGAAGGUGAAGAGAUACAACAUGGGGCUGGUCUCCACAGAGAAGCGUUGCGAGGAAGAGAGGAGAACUACUUACGAAAUUAUCAGACAUAAUCUUGAGAAGGUCCAGUUUUAUGAGCAAGAUGAGUGCCCGUCGUAUGGUGAUAUAUUUGAUAGUUGUGCAUGCAGAGAUGGUGUUACCUACGUAAGAGGAACUGUGACGGUCUCCUCCACCGGUGCCUGUGAAGUUUAGGAUCUCGUUGCGUUCUAGUUUUACUCAAAUAAGAUAUUUUUAGUUUUAAUUCAUACAAAUUGAACCAAAUAAAGAACGCAACUUCAUUUUAAAAUA